AUGGAGCAUAGGAUGAAGACAGAGGGAGAGCGCUUUGUGAAAACAGGGGGUGGUGACAUGAACGACCCCAUCGGGAGCCACUCCGAGGAGAAGGCCCACCUCUUCGCUGUCGACAAUGGCCUCGACGUCGCCGCCACCCGCCUCCACGGCUCCUACAAGGCGCUCCUUAACGACCCAGACAUGGACGCCAUCUACCUCCCGCUCCCCACCAGCCUCCACGUGCGCUGGGCCGCCGCCGCCACCACGAGAGGCAAGCAUGUGCUCCUAGACAAGCCCACCACGCUGUGCGCGGCAGACCUCGACGCCAUCCUCGCCGCCUACAUGAAAGGUGCACCUCUAUCAAAUGAAGAUUUCCUCGAGAAUGACAUCAGUAUAAAGCCAGAUCUUGAUGCCCUGGGUGCACUUGGUGAUGUUGGGUGGUACUGCAUCCGUGCGAUCCUGUGGGCUGUUGACUAUGAGUUGCCGAAGACUGUGAUCGCACUGCGUGACCCUGUAAAGAACCAAGCUGGCGUGCUUCUUGCGUGCGGCGCGACAUUGUACUGGGCAGAUGGCAAGACUGCCACCUUCAGCUGCUCUUUCCUCACCAAUGUCACCAUGGAUAUCACCUUAGUUGGCACGAAUGGAACUAUCCAUGUCACUGACUUUGUCAUCCCACACGAAGAAAGGCCGGCGGAGUUCCACGUGGCUUCGAAGUCAAGCUUUGCUGAGCUCGACAUCGGGUGGGAUCUGCCAAGCAAGCAUGUCGUGGCGACGGACCUGCCACAGGAAGCCCUUAUGGUCCAGGAAUUCGCGAGGCUUGUGCAGGGCAUCCGGGAUGCUGGGGGCAAGCCUGAGGGGAAGACGCAGCUGGCUUUGGAUGCUGUGAAAGCCUCGAUUGACAAAGGGUCUGAGCCAGUUGAGGUGGCUAGCUAA